UAUUUUGAUUACUGUGCAGAUAUUGUAUACUUUAGUAACCUUUAUUUUACUUUCUUUUACAUGAUAGAUACACUAGUAUUAUUAUGACGUAUAGGUUAAGACUUCGAGUUUAUGCGCUUUAAUGAAAUAUCACUCGCUUGAACUUCGAAGGAAAUCAUCGUGAGGAUAUCUGCAUACUGCAUCUGUAAAUUCAUGCGAGUACCAAUCCGCAUUUGGCCAUCGUGGUGGACUAUAGCCUGAACCCUUCUCAUUCAGACCCGUCUUCUGUUGUGAAGCGGUAAUGAGUUGAUAUGAUAAUGAUCGACAUUUAUAAUAAAAUAAUAAUAAGUACCUAACGUGUACAAGCUUUUUUCUAUACAUUGAGGGCAAAUAUAUAAUCGGUCCACAUUGAAGAAGAUAACUAAUUAAAGUCAAAUAAAUUCAAUUCGUUGAAGUAAGCAAGUUGAUAAAGAAGUUAGAUAGUAACAAAACAUAAACAAUUAUGUACAGUAUAAGACAGUUCUCGUUGAAUUCCACACGCUUGGGAGAUAAUGCCAUUUCCGAGUAAAAACGGUUUAAAAAUCACCCAAAUCGAUGUUAAUGAUGUGAGGUUCCCGACUUCCCUUGGAGGACAUGGGUCAGACGCUUUGCACACGGAUCCCAAUUACUCCUGUGCAUAUGUGACCACGACCACGGAGAAUGGCAAGCAAGGCUUUGGGCUCACGUUCACAUGCGGUCGCGGCACUGAAAUCGUGGUGCUCACGGUCCGGGCCAUGAAGAAGUUCAUCCUAGGUCGCAACGCGGCGGAGAUCUUUGCAGAUUUUGCUGGCUUUUGGCGCGCGAUUACUAACGAUUCUCAAAUGAGAUGGCUCGGUCCUGAAAAAGGAGUGGUACACCUGGCUGUGGCAGCUAUACUGAACUCUUUAUGGGAUUUAUGGGCCAGACUUGAAAACAAACCUUUAUGGCGACUAUUGGUUGAUUUAACACCCGAGGAAUUGGUAUCAACUAUAGACUUUCGUUACAUAACUGACGUGAUAACUAAAGAUGAAGCUAUAAAAUUAUUAAAAGACAAACUUGCUCGUAAAGACGAAAAAGUAAAAGAAUUGUCGGAGAAAGGAUAUCCGGCCUAUACGACUCAAGUUGGUUGGAUGGGUUACAGCGAUGCACUUGUAAAAGAACUAUGUGACAAAUAUUUAGAUCUGGGGUUCCAACAUUUCAAAGUGAAAGUAGGACUUAAUUUGGAAGACGACAUUCGAAGAUGUACUGCCGUACGCAAAUACAUCGGCGACGACAAAGUACUGAUGGUAGACGCAAAUCAAGCGUGGAGCGUUGGAGAAGCUAUCGAAUGGAUGAAGAAACUAGCGCCCUUAAAACCGAUGUGGAUUGAGGAGCCCACUUCACCAGAUGACGUGUUAGGUCAUGCCGCAAUAUCAAAAGCUUUAAGGCCUUACGGUAUAGGAGUGGCGACGGGCGAAAUGUGUGCGAACCGCGUUAUGUUCAAGCAGUUCCUACAAAGUGGCGGCAUGCAGUACUGCCAAAUCGACUCAGCUCGCAUUGGCGGCGUUAACGAGAUUCUCUCUGUUUACCUCAUGGCUGAGAAACUUAAAGUGAAAGUGUGCCCCCAUGCGGGAGGCGUUGGUCUCUGCGAGAUGGUGCAGCAUCUACAGUUUUGGGACUACGCUUGCGUGUCAGGUACUAUGGAAGGGCGACUUAUCGAGUACGUGGAUCAACAGCAUGAACACUUCUACGACCCGUGCGUUGUGGAAAACGCUAGAUAUCUAGCUCCUAAGUUACCGGGAUACAGUACAAAAAUGCUCCCGGAAACACUUAAGAAAUUCUCCUAUCCCAAGGGGAGCGAAUGGCAGCAUAUGUUCAAGGAAGGAAUAUUCCCAAGGCCUGAUGAAGCCGAACUUGUCAACGUGUAAAACAAAAAUGCCUUGAGUUAAAAUAGUAUAUUUUAGUUACAGUGGAAAUAAAGUAAAAAAUUGCUCAAAAAUGGUAUCUUACUGUGUUACUUAAAUCUAGGUAGGACCGUGUCCUGCAUCAGUCGUUAUAUACAUAAUUUGCUUAUUUUAACACAUUUGAUAUGUUUUUAGGUCACACACUUAGAAAAAACCGAAGUAGAAAUAAAACGUUGGUUAAGGCACGUCGCUGGAAGUAAAAUCUUGUUUUGUCAUA